AUGCUCAGUGUAUUACUUCUUUUAUUGGGUGGGAUUGGGUUUAUUUUGCUGAAGAAUUGGGUGAAAGUGCGCAAAUUCUGGAUAAUGAGAACAAGAGCAGUGCAAUUUUUGGAUGAGAUUCCCGGUCCUCCAACUAUUCCUUUGCUUGGAUCGGCUCAUUUAUUUAAAUGGGAUAAUGAAGAAUUUACGUAUCAGUUGGAUCGAUGGGCUCGUGAAUAUAUGGUGAAAGUCCAGCCAACGACUGGAGUGAUGAAGUUCUCUCGUCAAAUUGAAGGAUGGGGAAGGGAAAUAUUCAACAAUACGGAAAAUCCGUUGAGAGAUCAUGGAGUGAUGAAGGUAUGGGUUGGUCCUGUUCCGAUGGUUUUCCUAGCUUCAUGUGAUGCGGCAAAGCCAGUUCUUGAAAGUAACACAUUGAUUACAAAGCCUUCACAGUACAAUAUUGUAAAGCAAUGGAUUGGAGAAGGAUUGUUGAUUAGCACUGGAAAGAAAUGGUAUGCAAGAAGAAAGAUGAUCACUCCGACAUUUCAUUUCAAUAUUUUACAAGGAUUCUACGAGAUUUUCUUUGCUCAAGCAAAUAUUUUAGCUGAUUUGGUUGACAAAUUUGCGGACACUGAUCAAACAGUUGAUUUGCUUCCAUAUGUGAAAAGAUGUGCUUUGGAUAUUAUUUGUGAAACGGCAAUGGGUACACGAAUCAACUCACAAACGGGCAAAAAUGUCGAUUACGUUCAAGCAGUGAAUCGUUUGAGUCAAUUAAUCUGGGAUCAUGAAAGAUUUCCCUGGUUGUGGUUCCAACCGAUUUGGUAUCUCACAGGAAUGGGAUUCGAAUUUGAUCGAUAUGUGAAACUGUCAAGUGAUUUUACGAGAAAGGUGAUUCUGCAAAGACGAGGUGUUUUGGAGGGGAAAGGAUUACUUGGAGAGAUGCAAUCGAUGAGUCCUGAAGAGAUACGGAAACACAAACUUUCAUUUUUGGAUUUGAUGAUCGGAAUGCAAACAACUCACAAUUUGUCUGAUGAGGACAUUCGGGCUGAAGUCGAUACAUUCAUGUUUGAAGGUCAUGAUACAACCUCAUCGGGAAUUGGUUGGGCACUUUGGUGGUUGGGUCAAGAAUUGGACAUUCAGAAGAAAUGUCAUGAUGAAAUUGAUGAAUUCUUUGGUGAUUCGGAUCGUGCGAUCAUUGCUGAAGAUCUGAAAAGUCUUCCCUAUUUGGAGAUGUGUUUGAAAGAGGCAUUACGAUUGACUCCACCAGUUCCUUUAUUCGGAAGAACUCUUGAUCAUGAUUUGAAAAUUGCUCAUUACACAAUUCCGGAAGGCUGCACGGUUUUCAUGAGUCCGAUGGCGGCAGCUCGAGAUCCAAGGCAUUUCAAACAUCCGGACAUGUUCUACCCAGAACAUUUCAGUCAAGAGCAGAUCUCUCAACGUGACCCCUAUUCAUUCAUUCCAUUUUCGGCUGGACCAAGGAAUUGCGUUGGACAAAAAUUCGCGUUAGCCGAAGAGAAAUCAUUGAUGGCGACUCUUUUGCGUCGUUUCAAAUUCAUCACAAUGAAUCCCGAACCAUCAAAUCGGUUCUUGCCGGAAUUGAUUUUGAAACCAAGUAUGGGGUUCGUUUUCAACGUUCAGAGAAGAAAACAAGUGAAAAGC